AUAUUUUUACAGGCAUCUGCCGGCGUUGGGGGAGAGUCUGGCCACCCUGGUGGGAGCUGUGCCUGUGGCAUUCCUGGAGCCCCAUCUGAACGCUUACAACCCACUUUCAGUCUUCAACACCAAGACCCCCCGAGAGAGAGCCAUCCUGAGCAUGCCCGACACGGUGGAGGAGAUGUGUCCAGAGAUGCCUCGGCUCGACAAACUGCUCAAAGACGUCAACGAUGUCUCGGAGUCCGGCGCUCGCUACAGCGACAUGCCACAGGUCAUAGAGGUGGUCCUGCCCAUGCUGUGCAACUACCUGUCCUACUGGUGGGAGAAAGGUCCGGAGAACUCGCCUCCUGAUGCCGACUGCUGCACCAUGGUGACUUCUGAACACCUCAGCAUCAUUCUGGGAAAUAUUCUCAAGAUCCUCAACAACAACCUCGGCAUUGAAGACGCCCCCUGGAUGAAGAGGAUCGCAGUCUACUCACAGCCAAUCAUCUGCAAAGCAGGAGCUGGUUUGUUGAGAUCCCACUUCCUGCCAACGCUGAAGAAACUAAAGAAGAAGACGGUGAAGGUUGUGUCUGAGGAGGAGCUGCUGAAGGCCGACAGCAAAGGUGACAAUCAGGAGGCCGAGCUGCUCAUCCUGGAUGAGUUUGCCAUUCUCUGCAGGGAUCUCUAUGCUUUUUACCCCAUGCUCAUCCGUUACGUGGACAACAACAGGUCCAGGUGGCUGAAGGAGCCGAACGCAGACUCCACUGAGCUCUUCAGGAUGGUGGCUGAGAUCUUCAUCCUCUGGUGCAAGUCCAACAACUUCAAGCGUGAGGAGCAAAACUUUGUGAUCCAGAACGAGAUCAACAACCUGGGCUUCUUAACCGGGGAGGGCAAGACACAGAUGUCCAAGUCUGGUGGGGAUCAAGAGAGGAAACACAAACGCCGCCGUGGAGAAUAUUACUCCAUUCAGACGUCUUUGAUUGUAGCGGCCCUCAAGAAGCUGCUGCCUAUCGGCCUGAACAUGUGCACCCCAGGAGACCAGGAGCUCAUCUCUCUGGCCAAGAUACGCUACAGUCUGAAAGACACAGACGAUGAGGUGAAGGAGUUCUUGCUUCAGAAUCUCCACAUUCAGGAAAAGUCUGACGAUCCAGCAGUUUACUGGCAGCUGAACCUUUACAAAGACGUGGUGGUGACGAGUGAGGGACCAGCAGACUCCGAGCGCACAGUGGACAGAAUCCAGAGCAUCUCUGCAGCAGUCUUCCAUCUGGAGCAGUGGUGGGAGGAGUUGAACAGUCUGAUGGCUGGAGGGACAAAGGACGUCCUGAAUCUGUCCGUGGAGCAGGGCUGGGACGGCAGCAAUGAAGGCGCUCCUCUGCUUCAUGAUGGAGCCAUGCAGAGGAUGAUCAGCAUCGUCCAUGAUGGAUAG